CUACAAGACUUGAACCAAGAUUAAGAGAGUUUGUGUUUCAUUUAUAUGAAUCUGGAAAUCGAAAAGAAUCUGCUGAGGAAAUCUUCAAUAUACCAUACAACAUACCAUCAAUUCCACAACAAGAAGAUGGGAUUAAAUGUGGUUAUUACAUGUUGUUUUACAUGUUCAAAUUCCUCACUGCUUGUCCCUAUCAAUUUGACAUUUCUAAGGAUUACCCAGGAUUUAUGACUGAAGAUUGGUUUGAUAAGGAUGAAUUUCAAAAAUUUUAUGAAGACUUGACAUCAGAGAAAGAAAAGGAGUGUAGUUUAUCUGACACAACUACAGAUAAAAAGAAAGAUGGUGAAGGAAGUAGCAUUCAAAAAAUUGAGAAUGUGAAUAAUGAUAUGCUGCAAACAACGCCAUCAUAUGAUCUAUUCAGAUCUAAUGAUGCCCUGCCUCCACUGGUAUCAUACACCCCAGAAAGUUCACAAGAAGAGCAGAAAAUAACUCAAUGCAAUAAGCCAUCCCCUUUGCCAGCAAUUGAAGAAUCAAAGAUCGAGGGUGAUGUUGUCAAAAAGAAAAAGAGCAUCAAAUUUAAAAUCAAAUCAGGGGAACAAAGAAAAUCACCUAGGCUCAUUGAAGCAAAGAAAAAUCCUAAUGACUACAGCAAGGAUGAGACAAAAGUUGCUGCAGAAGAAGAUGAAAGAAAUUCUACAGAAGAAGAAGCUGAACCAGUCGUCAUUUCUGUAGUUGAUCAUAAUGAGGAUGAAGAAAAUCUGGAUAGCAAUAAUGAAGACAAGGCUGAUGAAGAUGAUUUUAUUGAAGAUGGUAAAAGCAAAAAAACAACUAAGCCUAAGAAAAAGAAGAGAAAAGCUUCAAGUCCGGUCAAAAUGAAAAGAGCCAAGAAACGAAAAAAUGUCAAAGAAGAAGAAGAAGAAACAGAAGAAGAGGAACCAACUGAGAACAUAAGAAAGCCUGAAACAGACAUGCCAAAUAAGAUAUUGUUACGUGCCUACCCGAAAACCUUCACUGAUGCUAUCCAGGCAUUGACAGAAGAUCAGAAAAAAUGGGUGACUGAAGCGGGAUUUGGCCCUCUCUUAUCAUUUGCAAUGAGAAAAGUUCCGCACUCAAUGUGUGUGAAUAUAAUUUGGUGGUAUGAUUUGACUGAGGAUGAGAUGAUCUUCAGUAAACAAAGGGUGAAGAUCACAGAGCAAGAUGUGGCUGAUACCCUUGGGCUGCCAAAAGGAGAGAAAGAAAUCUGUUUCAAAAAAGGCAAAGUUAAUAGAGACAAAUUCUCUAGAUGGAGGGCACAAUUUCCUGACAAAGAUGGAAAUAGAAUCACAGAGUUGACCGUGUAUGAGGCGAUAACAAGAUCUAGAGUGGUGGAUCUUCAUUUCAAACAAAACUUCAUGAUUCUAAUGAUGAAUCUGUUUGUAUACACAAACAACAGCUCUUUCGUUUGUCAAGAUGUUUUGGGAUUUGAAGACGAGUUUGAAAACGCAAGCCACUACAAUUGGUGCAAGCUUGUGGUUGAAUCUCUUCGAUCUACUCAUGAGGAAUGGUGGGAUGAUCCUCAGAAAAAGUACUACACUGGUUCACUAGUGUUCCUCCUUUUCUUCUACCUUGACCGAAGCGUCCAUACUGAAUACAGAGCAGAAAGGACAAGGCCUGUAUUCAUUGGUUGGAGGGAUUCACUGAUUGAGAAUAGAAACAGAAGUGAAUCCAUUGAUGGAACAUUUAUGAGAGGAGAAAUUGUUGGACCAUUGCACAAUCCAAACACUGGAGAGAGACAGAGUACUAGAAACGUAUCAGCUGAAGAACAUAGGCACCAGGAUGAAAAUCAUGAAAAUGAGGAGGCUGCAAUUUUGAAAUUGGGUAAAAACAAAGGAAAGUUACCAGCUGAAGAAUUUGUGGAUAUAUUUCAAGAAGGUGAGAAUUUUAAAACACCAAAAGAAACCUUAAGGGGAGUAGAAAUGAUUCCACAAGAUUUCAAGGAAGAUGAAACUUAUUCUGGAAUCAUGUCUGUGGCGAGAGAUAUUAAGUACACGUAUGAAGAUAAUGAAAUUAUCACUGAAGAGGAAAUGAUGUCACAAGUUGAUAAAGACAUCAAAGAAUUGGAAUUUGUGUAUGAGAAAUGCAAAAACAACUUGAAGCUGGCAAAUGACCUCUUCCCAAACCACCCUAGCUUGAAGCUGUAUGAAGACAGAUUUGCGAAAAUGUAUCAACCACAAAGUCAGGAAGAAGAAGAACAACAAAGAUUUGAAAGAGAAGGUGACACUGAAUAUAAUCCAGGAAGACUGAGGAGAGAGGUAAAGGUCGGAGACUCCAAAAAAUCACCAUUUCUUGAUCGCACAAUUGACUUCAACAAGCAAAAGAUUACAAAGGCAGAGGAGGAGGUGUGGAAUUGGAUCACAGUAGAUACAUCAGAUGCAACCCAAAUUAUUUUCUUCUGGGAGGAUGUAAUUUGCAUGAGCUACCAGAUUAAAACUUUUCAAUUCAAUGAAAAAAUAUCAACUGCUGUCAUGGAUGUAUAUGCGACAAUCCUGAAUGAAGAUGAAAAAUAUAGAUCCCCAGACUCGCCACACCGGUUCUUUUGCAACACUAGUAUCACGGGGAUGUCAUUGACAAAAAGGAACCAUGUUGAAACUCCUGAAGAGGCUAAAGCAAAGUAUAGAAGGUUUUGUUCAAGAUUAAAUAUAUGGCUUCUAAAACAUGAUACAAAAAUUGAUGAUAUCGAUCUGAUAUUUUUCCCAAUCCAUGAUGUAGACCACUAUUAUGUUGUCUGUUUCAACAUUAAAAAUCCAUCAGUAGAGAUCAUUGACAACAAUAGAAUUGCAGAUGGCACCAAUGCAGUCUAUGAUGGAUUACCGGAAUGCUUGCAACAACAUUUUGUGAGCUACUUGGAAACAAGCAGUCCGGCCAAGAGUAAACAGUUGGGCAGCGUUUCAAUUGUUCGACUAGAUAUGAAAUGGCGAACAAUGUAUAACAAGGUGGAUUCUGGAGUGUUUGCCAUUAACCAUAUGGAAACCUACAAAGGCAAUGGAUUGAGGAACUGGGAAUGCAAAUUUGCAUAUGAAAAGGGAGUUCAACAGAAAAAACAGCUGGAGAAGGCACGCCAGAUUUAUGCCUCAAAGAUUAUAUAUUCACCAAUAAAUCUGUACAAAAACAAAAUGGUGAAUGAGAUCAAGUCGUUGUGUCAACCAAGAUGAAUAGUAGUGGUCUUUGAAAGUACUUGUCUUAGAAAAUACUUGUCUUUGAAAAUGAUGUGAAUAGUGAGGUGAAGCAAGUACUUAUUUUUGAAAGUGAUGUGAAUACUCAUUGUUUGCUGUUAUAAUGGUAUGGAACAGUGUUUAGAGGCACAUAUUUAGAGUACAGCUUUAAAACUAUUUGCUGUUUGAAA